UUAAUUGGUGCUUUUCUUUCACAGGAAUAAUGGAGGAAGUGAAGGCAGAUGAAACAUACAAAAAGAAGAAUCCCUAUGAUAGAGCCAACUUCAUUUCAAAGUUAUUUUUUCUAUUUUUAUUACCCUACUUUGUGAAAGGCUACAAAAGAGAACUGACUGAAGAUGAUAUGUAUAGUCAUAGACAUAAACAUGACUCCGGUAAGCUUGGAGAGAGAUUGGAAGCAGCUUGGCAGUACCAGGUUAAGCAUAAAAAGAAUCCUUCAUUUAUCAAAGCUCUCUGUAGCGUAUUUCUCUCUGAAAUCUUCAUGCUCUGGAUCAUUGCAUUUGCUGCUGAAAUAAUUAGGUUGAGCCAACCUCUGCUGAUAUCGAAGCUUCUCACACUGUACGAUGAAAACCAAGUUGCAGAAAACCAGAAAUAUCUGUAUAUAUAUUCAGGACUUAUUGUUCUGUCGCUAUUCAUAACUGUAUUCCUUACUCAUGCUUUCUUUCACCACAUUAUGCAAGUAGGUAUGAAGCUGAGGAUUGCAUGUUGUUCUCUCGUGUACAGGAAAGCUCUCAGAUUGAACAAAUCCGCUCUUGCUGAAACCACAAUCGGACAAAUGGUCAAUUUGCUGUCCAACGAUGUGGGAAGAUUCGACCAGGCUACCCAUUUCAUGCACCAUUUAAUAAUGGGACCUGUGGAAAUAUUGGUUGUUAUGAUUUUGUGUUAUUUCAAUGUUGGAUACACCGGACUCAUAGGAGCUGUAUUUCUCUUAGUUUCUGUUCCGUUUCAAUCAUGGCUUGGUAAAAAAACUUCCAAGUAUAGAUUGAAUACAGCUUUGCGUACGGAUGAACGAGUACGUCUAAUGAAUGAGAUAAUUUCUGGAAUACAAGUGAUAAAAAUGUACGCCUGGGAAAAAUCUUUCGCUAAGUUGGUGGAACUAGCCAGAAUGUACAAUUUUGUAAAUCCAAACAAUUUCACAGAAAGCUUUGGCGGAAACAUGGGUCUGGCUCUAACUCAAGCCAUGGGCCUGACCGGAAUGUUCCAGUGGGGCAUGCGACAGUGGAGUGAAAUGGAAAACCAGAUGACUUCCGUGGAGAGAGUUCAAGAAUACGCCGACCUAAAACCCGAAAAACAAGAAGACACCGUAAAGGAACCGCCGAAAUUCUGGCCAGAAACAGGCAGGAUCGAAUUCAGAGACAUGUCUCUUCGAUACUCCCCUGAUGAUCCUUGCGUUCUGAAGAACCUCAAUUUCAUCAUCAAAGCCAAGGAAAAAGUUGGUAUUGUAGGAAGAACAGGAGCAGGAAAAUCGUCUCUUAUACAAGCUCUUUUCCGUUUGGCAAUCAUAGAGGGUAGUAUUUUAAUAGACGAUAUUGACACAAGGACAGUAGAGCUGAAGAAACUCAGGUCGAAGAUAUCUAUCAUCCCACAGGAACCUGUUUUGUUUUCGGGGACACUCAGAAAUAAUUUGGAUCCAUUUAACGAGUUCAAGGACGAGCUACUAUGGAAUGCUCUGGAUGAUGUGGAAAUGAAAACCGCCGUUGGCGAUCUUUCUUCAGGUUUGGACAGUAAAAUGGCCGAAGGCGGAACCAACUUUAGCGUGGGUCAAAGACAACUAGUUUGCCUCGCUAGAGCAAUAUUGAGAGACAACAAAAUUUUGGUCUUGGACGAAGCCACGGCUAACGUUGAUCCACACACAGACGGUCUCAUCCAGGAAACCAUCAGGAGAAAAUUCGCCAACUGUACAGUAUUGACAAUAGCUCACAGGUUGCACACCAUCAUGGAUUCAGAUAGGGUGUUAGUAAUGGACGCAGGACGAAAAGCAGAGUUUGAUCAUCCCCAUCUUCUGCUACAGAACGAAGCAGGUGUAUUUUAUUCGUUGGUGAUGCAGACCGGGAAAGCUACGGCGAAAAAUUUGAUGGCUAUAGCGGAAGGAACUUACGAAGCAGCACAUAGUCAGUGUAGUCAAGAGUAGUCAAAACUUUCUAGUAAGAAGAGGGUUUUACUGAUCAUGAAAGAAAUUUGUUUUCAGUUCGUCCGCUUUGUCCAAUAGAAGUUACAGCAUUUUUCCGGCAGAGUCGAAAAAGAGUCCUAAAAAUAUUAAGAGAAAUAUUUUAUAUCAUCUAAGUUGCAAUUCUGUAAAUACUUGUUCAAUAUACAACUAUCAAAUGUA